ACCUUCUUUGGCGGCCAUGGAGUCGAAUGGCACUUUCCUCGGUUGCAACAGUAAGUCAGUAGACGUGUCCUUGCAUUUCAGCCCUCCGAGAGCUUUCCUUUCUCCUCCUCUCUCCUCCCUCUUCGUUUUGCCUCUGCAGCUCUCUCGUUUGGAAGUCACACAGCGUUUAGUUGGUUUUACAGGAGAGAGACAACAGAUUUUUUCUCCGUUAAUAUGGUUAGCUGUGCUGGUGGGAGAAGUCUUGGCUGGUGAGUGUGUGCGAGUCCAGAAAAGUUGUUCCAAAUCUCCUCCUCCUUUUUUUUUUUUUUUUUUUUUUGUAAAACAGAAAGUGGGAUGGAUGUUCCCUGGGUCAACUCCCUGGGCUCUGGGGUAGGCAGCAGAGCUGGGAUAAAUCCCCUCGGCUCUGAGCUCGUCCCCAAGGCUCUGUAAAUGCUCAGUAAAAUAUAAUGUUUCUACAGAAAGAAGAAAUCCUCUCUGCCCUGACAGCAAGUGAGAUUUGAGAAGUCUCAGCGCCAAAACUGGGAGGCUUGUCUGACAGAGUAACAAAACAUCUCUCAUUCCCUGGGCUGAAUUUAAUAUAUUGAUUUGUUACAUCUUUCUUGUGCUUCACUCAUUCUGAUGAGCAGCAGCAGCUCAGGACUGUGAUAGCUGCAGCUUGAAAUGGGAAAAGUCUACAGUGCUUAUUUUAGUUCGUGAGAUGGGUUCUUUCUUUCUGCUGACUGCGUCUGUAAAUGAAAACAGAUUAAUAGAGCAAUCAGUGAUUGACCGUCAUAAGGUAAAAUAAGAGAGAACUCCCCCAGGCUCAAGAAAUCUUCCCUCUGAUUAUCCCAGAUCCCAGAAAUCACACAGGAAGGUGAAACAGAGGUUAACGUUGAACUUUUUGUAGGUAUCUCAUUCAUCAUAGACCCACUGGGAAAAGAAAGCUAAGAAACACAUCUGGAACUAUUAGAAGCUUUCCUAUUCUGGCGUGUGGGUCAUUUUUCAGUGAAUAGGACUUGCUUUCUGGGGUUAGGGAUGAAGAAGUCAAUGUCUGUUCCUCUAUUUUCUUGUCUUGGGCAGAAAAGUACACACAUGGUGAAUAAGCCAAGCUUUCAGAAAUCUAUUUACUGAAAUUCCUUGACACGUAUGUGCAUCAGUGCCAAAGUCACUCUGCAUGCCAGACUGUUCAAACAAGAAAAGUUGCUUGCAAGUUGGUUUGCUAGCAGGAUCGGAUUUGUGCUGUUCACUUUGCUAGAAGUGUUUCAGAUGCUGUGACUUAAACAUAUGUUUAUCUAUGCUGAAACUCCAUUUAUUUCUGUCCAACAGAGAUACAACAAUGAUGACUGUAUUUGCUGUAUGAGCAUUAGCCAUGGAUGCGUGGUUCUGUCUCAGUACAAUAUCUGGCAGUCAGAGCUAUUUUCCAGCAGUAAAAGUGGAUAUUACUGUUGAUGAGAGCUUCUGAAAAGUUCGUGGAGUGCUGUUUGUGCUGCGUUUGGAUGGAGAUCUGAGUCCUGGAGUGGAAACUGAGCAUUCUCCCCUUGUUCAUAGAGCAUAGAGCUGGGAUUUUGUGGCCUGAAAGAUGACAAGGACCUGAAGUUUCUCCUGAAAGGCAGCCAGCUGCUAAAAGUGAAGUCCAGCUCUUGGAGGAAGGAGCGGUUUUAUAAGCUCCAGGAGGACUGCAAAACCAUAUGGCAGGAAUCAAAGAAGAUGCUGAGGUCUCCAGACUCACAGAUCUUCUCUAUUGAAGAUAUUCGGGAUGUGAGGUCAGGCCAUAAAACAGAAGGUAUGGAAAAAUACGCCAAGGAUGUACCAGAGUAUCGCUGCUUUUCCAUCAUUUUCAAAGACCAGCGGAAAAACCUGGACCUCAUUGCAAGUUCAGAGGACGAUGCCAACCACUGGGUCUGCGGCCUUGGGAAAAUCAUAGCCCACAGCAACUCCAUGAACCAGAAACAGAAACUCCAACAUUGGAUUCACACCUGCCUGCGGAAAGCUGAUAAGAACAAAGACAACAAGAUGAGCUUUAAAGAGCUCAAGAACUUCCUGAAAGAAGUGAACAUUGAAGUUGAUGACUAUCAUGCCAAGGAGAUUUUCCAGCCCUGGUGCAGAUUACGGCUGGCAUAUGCCAGAAGGAAAGAAGGUUUUCACUCCUUCUCCCCUCUACGUUUACAGUACUGUGACAAGUCCAAAACAGAGGCUCUGGAGGAUGAUGAGAUAGAGGAAUUUUACAGGAUACUGACAGAGAGAAAGGAAAUAGACACAAUAUUCCAGAAGUACUCAGAUGCAGAAGGACUCAUGUCCUGCCAGAACCUGGUGAGGUUCCUCUAUGAGACGCAGCAAGAAGAAGAUGCUGUUGUUGCUGCCCCUCCCUUAAUUCAGAGAUAUGAGCCCAGUGAACGAGCCAAGAAGCGUAACGCCAUGACCAAAGAUGGUUUCCUGAUGUACUUGCUGUCUGAUGAUGGGAAUAUAUUCAACACCUCCCACCGUAAAGUUUACCAGGACAUGACUCAACCUCUCAGUCACUACUUUGUAUCAUCCUCACACAAUACCUAUCUUAUGGAUGACCAGCUUACAGGCCCUAGCAGCACAGAAGCCUACAUCAGAGCCCUCACCAAAGGUUGCCGCUGUGUGGAACUGGACUGCUGGGAUGGCCCUAACUCGGAACCUAUCAUUUAUCAUGGCUACACUCUCACCUCCAAGAUCCUCUUCAGUGAUGUCAUUAAGGCCAUCAAGAACUAUGCUUUCAAAACUUCGCCAUACCCUGUCAUCAUCUCCCUGGAGAACCACUGCAGCCUCGAGCAGCAGAAGGUCAUGGCUCAGCACAUGACAACGAUCCUGCAGGACAUGCUCCUGGUCGCCCCGAUUGAUGGAAGCAAAUCCCAGUUCCCCUCCCCCGAGCAACUGAAAGGGAAGAUCCUUGUGAAAGGCAAGAAGCUGAGCAGACAGGAAGACCCCACUGGGACAAAUGGGAACAACAACCUGGAGGCUGAGGAUGUCUCUGAUGAAGAUGAAGCAGCUGAAAUGGAAGAUGAAUCUGUGAAGACAGAGGUACAGCAGAAGGGGAAGAGUGACACCCUCAAGCUGGCCAAAGAGCUGUCGGACACGGUUGUCUACUGCAAGAGUGUUCAUUUCAAUGGCUUUGAGGACCCCAGCCACCCUCGGGCUUUCUAUGAGAUGUCAUCGUUCACAGAGAGCAAAGCUCUGAAACUAGCUCAGGAAUCUGGAAACAGCUUUAUUCUUCAUAACAUCAGGCACCUGAGCCGGAUAUACCCUGCAGGCUGGAGGACAGAUUCUUCCAACUACAAUCCUGUUGACUUGUGGAAUGUUGGCUGCCAGAUUGUUGCCCUAAAUUUCCAGACAGGAGGCACAGAAAUGGAUGUCUACCAGGGCCGGUUCCAGGACAAUGGGUUCUCUGGGUAUGUCUUAAAGCCGGAAUUCCUCCGGGAUGAGCAAACCAAAUUCAAUCCAAAAUCCAUCACAGAAGGAACAUGGGGGACAAAGAAGAAGCUUCUGCUUAAAAUCAUCUCUGGUCAGCAGCUGCCCAAAGUAAACAAGAGCAAAAACUCCAUCGUUGAUCCUAGGGUAACAAUUGAAAUCCAUGGUGUCCAACAGGAUAACAACAAGAAGCAGACCAAAGUCAUUGAAAACAAUGGCUUCAACCCGAAUUGGGACGAAGAGUUUACGUUUGACAUAGAGAUCCCUGUGCUUGCCCUGGUCCGAUUUGUGGUAGAAGACUUUGACAUGUCAACCAAGAAUGACUUCAUUGGGCAGUAUACUGUUCCCUUCACCAGUCUGAAGCAAGGUUACCGCCACAUUCACCUUCUGACCAAGAACGGAGACCCGUACUCCUCCUCCACCCUCUUUGUGUAUGUCAACAUCCAGGACUGUGAUUAGCAGCUCAGCUCUUUCAGGGUGCAUUGGACCAUCUUACAGACCUAGAAGGAACUCAGCAUGUGUCGUCUGCCAAUGUCAGGGUCCCAUCAAACCCCCAGUGCCUUCUCCAGAGCAGCACAUGAUGCCCGUGGGGCCCUGAUGUGAAAUAGCCAUCGACUCCCUCCCUCCCACGAGUUGGAAAUAUCCUAAUGCUGCUGUUGAGAUUAAUCCUUUUGUACCUGUCCAACCAAUCCAGCUGUAUUUUUUGAGUUCACUUUAUAUAGUGUGAUUUUUAAUUCUGCUUUUAGUAAGAGGAUAAAGACUCCUUUUUAGCGAAUUACAGCUCUUGGUUUGGGUUUGGUCACACGUCUGGACAAAACACCUAACAUCUGUGCAAGAAAAGCCCAUCUUGACACUGAAAUCAGUGGCCAGAUACCGGGUGACUUCUUGCAACUUCAGAUGUCAGCCAUCCUUUACCAUAUGAAGUCUUAAAGGAGGACAUGAUUCUCCUCUUAUCUGUUACAGAUUGAAACAAGAAAGCUGCACUACAAAGGGCCAUGUUAUAUAACUUGACUUUCUUUUUGUAUUAUGAUAAAAAAAAAUACAUGAAUACUGCUCUGCCUGUGUGCCUGGCUUCCAGCCGGGUUGCUUUGCAUUCAGAGCCUGGCUCUUAUCCUGUGAAGGAGAACAAAACUGCCGAAUGGCAGAUUUCCCUCUAUCCCAAAGUGAAACCCACUCAGAGGGAGCUCAGAGAAUGUCUUUUGCCAAUGAGAGUGGAAAUAAAUACACUGAACUGACAGUAGGGCUUUUUUUUUCUUUCUUUUUUUUUUUUUUUGCAGUAAACCUUUUUGUUUUUAUAGGAAAACCUCUUUUUUAACCCAGAGGAAGCAGUGGUAGCAACAGUUUUAAAGGUUAGCUUGGUCCCAUUGCACUGCAGAGGUAACCCAGCACAAGCAGACAAAAGAGUUUUGAACAAUAACCCAGUAUUUAUGGCAAAAGGUGGUUUGUUUUGUUGUUUUUUUUUUCUAGCACAACUAUGGAGUUAAGUGAAUAUUGUUGAAAUAAAAUAAUAUAUAUAUUUGAAGCUCCGAUGAUGUUACUAACACUGUGUUAGACUAUUAAAAGAAUACCUGGAAAAGUC